AUGUCGGUGCUUCCAGCGACGGCACAGAGAUUUGGUCCACCUGAUCUUGAAGGUGUUCCAUCUGCACCGGACUGGGUGCACUAUGUGAAGAACAAGGUGGCCAAGUUUGGGAGGCCUCUGAAACUUUGCUGCCCAUGCAUCGGGCUCAACAAUGGGGGCAGGGCUUUGAAAGAACUUGGCAUCGACUAUGAGCUUGUGGGGUCUUGCGAUGUGUUGUCACAUUUGGAAGAGCCCCUUGAACAGUUAGAAGGCAACCUGAAUGGCAUCAAGUUAGGCACAGAAGCUGGGGACAUUUUGUCCAUGGACUUGGAGACCCUCCCAAAAGAAGUGGACAUUUUGAUGGCUGGACCUCCAUGUCCACCAUUUGCUUCGAAUGGAAAUCGAAACCCAAAAGAGGAUGAACGAACCAAUGUGUUUUACCAGGUGAUUCUUUGGAUUGUCCUGUUUGUUCGUCGAGCUGGCCUUCUCUAUGCUUUGGUUGAGAAUGUGCAAGGUUGUGCCAACCGGCUGAAUGGGGCUACCAAAAGUUUCAUGGACAUCCUUUUGGAGUUCUUCGAGCAGGAGUUGCCCGAGAUGGUUUGGCGUCUUGAUUCCCUGAAUGCUGCUAACUAUGGGUUGGCGCAAUCACGAAAUCGAGUUUUUCUGCAAGGGUUGAGACGAGAUGUGAAGAGCUCCGUUCCUGCACCUUUACCUGCCUUUGAGCCAGUUUCUCUGAGAGAUUUCUUGAAACCUGGACUACCUCCCACACCGAGGGACAGCUUGACGAAAACCAUGCAGACCAAUCUGAAAAACUAUGAGGGCUUGGUUCGCCAAAAGAAGAAAGAUGGCACCAUUCCAAGGGGUUCCCUGGCUGUCUUUGAACUGGAUCGGGCAUUUGGCAAAACCUACAACCCAUCCAUGACAUUGGACAUGUCACCUUGCCUGAAAACCCAACUCCGCUACUUGUUUGUGGUGUCCACGGAUGAUGUGGAUUUGGCUGACGGACAACGAGAGUUCAGCAGAUGGAUCUUACCAUUUGAGCGACUGUCCUUGCAGGGCGUCGCCCCAGAUGUGGCUUUGACGCUGCGGGCAGGUGACAUCCUGCAUGCCACCGGGAAUGCCUACCCAGUCAAUUUGAUUGGGGCUUGUGCUGCACCCGUGGUGAAGGCCAUCGAGAUCCGUUUUGGCACUUUGACCUCAUGGCCGAAGAAGGCACCUUUUGAUGGAGGAGACCUACCUGAUGUCCGGAGCUUCUUUUUGGCCCAGAUCCCCAAGAAGGCUGAGAAGAGUGACCGUAAGAGUUCCAAGCAAAAGGUUUUGAAAAAACCUGGGGGGAAAUUCAAGCCAAAGGUUUUGAAAAAACCGGCUGGCAAAAACACCAAGAAAAAGGUUUCAAAGAAACCAAAAGCUUCCAGCAUGAAGAAGACAGCCAAGACUCAGAAACCCAGCUCUGGCAAACCGUCAGAGAAACAAAUGCCAAAGAAACAGAGCUCUGGCAAACGAAACACCGAAGAGGUAUCUUUGAAUUUUGGGCUCACUUUGACAAAGAGCAGCAAGUGCAAGCGUGGUGUGGCCAUCAGCAGUGACAGCGACUAA